GGGCCCAGGACAAUGCAGUGGAAGUGCUUUGGUUCGGAGGCAGAAGUCCCAGCGGCAGUACUUCUCAGCUGUCAACAAUGACAAGCUUCUCCAGCGUGUUUCUUCUGCUAAAAUGAGCCCCAAAAUGCCUAGGACCCGGUUGCGAUCCAGUGGCCAACGCCCCCAGUGCGAGUGAGAACCCAGCCUGCGAGCUACGUUCCUGCUUCUUCCUGGAGCCAGGUGGGUGAGCACUUCCAGGCUCACCCGACGGCGCAAGCGGGAUAAGCCAGGUGCCCUCAACAAACAUGGACGUCGCGCCAGCGUCAACCAGCUCUGGAGGCCGCGCUGCCGCUUGGGAAUCUCAGGUUUGGCGUCACUCGGCCCGGAACCACGUGACGCAAGACGCGCUCGAAGCAGCGGGGCUCGCGCGGGUGGAGCCGCCUCGGCGUUCGAGCGGGGUGGGGGCUGCCCGGUUGAGGUUUCCCGGCGGGUCCUGGCCUCUAGGUGCACGCGCUUGCGUGCUCGCGCUCGCGCUCGCGGUUCUGGGCGCUGCCGGAAAGGAAUAAUGCUGACAGCAUGUCUGCACAUUCCAUGCUCUGUGAACGAAUCGCCAUAGCCAAGGAACUGAUCAAGAGAGCAGAAUCACUUUCUAGAUCAAGAAAAGGUGGCAUAGAAGGAGGUGCAAAACUGUGCAGCAAAUUGAAGGCAGAAUUAAAAUUCUUACAGAAAGUAGAAGCUGGGAAAGUAGCUAUUAAAGAAUCUCAUUUACAGAGCACUAACCUAACACACCUGAGAGCCAUUGUGGAAUCAGCAGAAAACCUGGAAGAAGUUGUUAGUGUUCUUCACGUCUUUGGUUACACGGAUACCUUGGGAGAAAAGCAGACCCUUGUGGUAGAUGUAGUUGCAAAUGGUGGUCAUACUUGGGUGAAAGCCAUUGGCCGGAAGGCUGAAGCUCUUCAUAACAUCUGGCUGGGCAGGGGCCAGUAUGGUGACAAAAGCAUCAUUGAGCAGGCGGAAGACUUCCUCCAGGCCAGUCACCAGCAGCCCGUGCAAUAUAGCAACCCUCACAUCAUCUUUGCAUUUUACAACAGUGUCUCUAGUCCCAUGGCAGAGAAGCUGAAAGAAAUGGGCAUAUCUGUGAGAGGAGACAUAGUAGCAGUCAACUCUCUGUUAGAUCACCCUGAAGAGCUCCAGCUCAGUGAGAGUGAAUCAGAUGAUGAGGGCCCUGAACUUUUGCAGGUGACCAGAGUAGAUCGAGAAAAUAUACUAGCAAGUGUUGCGUUUCCAACAGAAAUUAAGGUUGAUGUGUGCAGAAGAGUAAAUCUGGACAUUACUACUUUAAUCACAUAUGUAUCUGCCCUCAGCUAUGGAGGCUGCCACUUUAUUUUCAAAGAAAAAGUGCUCACAGAACAAGCAGAGCAAGAGAGGAAAGAGCAGGUUCUACCUCAGCUGGAGGCCUUUAUGAAGGACAAGGAGUUGUUUGCUUGUGAAUCUGCUGUCAAGGACUUUCAGUCUAUUUUAGAUACCUUAGGAGGACCUGGGGAGAGAGAGCGAGCCACUAUGUUAAUUAAGCGAAUUAAUGUAGUACCAGACCAGCCUUCUGAGCGUGCCUUGAGACUAGUGGCCAGUUCAAAAAUUAAUAGCCGCUCAUUAACAAUUUUUGGGACAGGAGACACUCUAAAAGCCAUCACAAUGACUGCUAAUAGUGGUUUUGUCAGAGCUGCAAACAACCAGGGUGUUAAAUUUAGUGUGUUUAUCCAUCAGCCCAGGGCACUUACUGAGAGUAAAGAGGCUCUAGCCACCCCCUUACCAAAAGGCUACGCAACUGACAGUGAACACUAACGAUGCCCUUUAAAUAUUGUUGUGGAAGUAAGUUAUUUAUACCAAAGCCUGGCUCUUCCCAUCUAAACUGGGGGAAAAAAAAGGUCUAUAGUAAAAGUAAAACUUAGAACUCAAACCAGUAGAGUUUCUUUGUGUCUCAUCUAAAGUAUGUAACUCCCCAAAGUAGAAAAAGCACAAGAGACAAGCUUAUCUAUCAAACUGUCUACAUUAGUGCAAGUAAGAACAGAAAUACGUCUAUAUAAAGCUUUCAGCUGUAUUGUAAUACUUUGAUUCGGUAGGGCUACAACUCCCCUACUGGUAACCACGUUUCAUGGAAUAUGGCUACAUUGCAUCUUGCAUUAAAUAUCUGGAGAAAA